GUCUACUGUUAGGGCUAUUCGGUAUACUUGGCGCGUCCAUACCCUAACUCCUAACCCUGACCUUAACUCCUAACCGUAUCCUAACCGAAGCCAUAACCCUUACCUAACCUUAACCCUUACCGUAACCGUUUAAAAUGUCUACUUCAACGGGUGACGUCAGUGUCGGAACGUCCCAUGGAUCCCAGAUAGCUUCGACCAUAUUUCAACCUGCUUGUAACCCAUUUUCGGAAGCAGCAGAAGUCUGGUUGAGGUGAAAAUUUGACAGGACAAUGAAUAUCAACAGACUUAUAGCUUUAUCCAAAUCUGUUCAAUUUGGAAAGAUUUUAACAUCUAACGCAAGACAUGCGACGAAAGAAGUCACCUUACCUCACCGGACCAUUAGAACUCAUGCUAGGAAUCUGGCCUACGCCAAGGACCUGUUCCUUGGCAAAGUAAACAAAGCAGAGUGCUUCCCCUAUCCAGAGAUUGGAAAUGAAGAGCUGGAGGAGAUCAACUCGUUUGUUGCUCCGGUAGAGAAAUUCUUCACUGAAGAGGUGGACUCCAAGCGUAUCGACCAUGAAGCUAAGAUUCCUCCAGAGACUCUGAACGGACUGAAGGAGCUGGGACUGUUCGGUAUCCAGGUGCCUGAGGAGUAUGGUGGCCUGGGUCUGUCCAACACCAUGUAUGCCCGACUAGGAGAGAUCAUCUCUCUGGAUGGAUCCAUAGCAGUUACACUGGCUGCCCACCAAGCCAUCGGACUCAAGGGGAUCCUGAUAGCCGGUAGUGAGGAGCAGAAGGCUAAAUAUCUCCCCAAGCUGGCUUCAGGAGAACAUGUAGCAGCCUUCUGUCUCACUGAGCCUGGCAGUGGGAGUGAUGCUGCGUCCAUUCAGACCAAAGCCACCCUAUCAGAAGACAGGAAAACAUACCUGCUCAAUGGGUCAAAGAUCUGGAUCUCAAACGGGGGGUUUGCAGACCUGAUGACGGUGUUUGCUCGUACGGAGGUGGUAGGAGAGGAUGGAGUGAAGAAAGAUAAGAUCACUGCCUUCAUCGUAGAGCGAGCCUUCGGAGGGAUCACCAGUGGGAAACCAGAAGAU